CCACUGCUUGCCGCACUUCCCAUCGGGCCUGGGACGGUGCGCGUUUAAAGCGGUGCAUCUCCAUACAAGGCUCUCUAGUGUUGCAUCUCCACAUAUAUCGAAGGACGUAGUGGUGCUUCUUUUAAAGAGGACUUGUUGUGCGUCGUCUGUUCUGGGACAGGAACGGAGCAAUGGAUAUCAAGGCGUUGCUCGGAUUGCUUCUCGUCGGUCUAGCGGCGCUGGCGCAUGCUGACGAUGAGAAAGCCAAGGCAACUGAAGACCUGGUAAAGCGUGCCCAGAACUCAGGAAUAAUGUCCACAUUUCUGCCUGACCCGCAGGGCAUGGGCUACGUUAUGGCCUUCCCAAUGGAAGACUCAAAGCAGAGCGAGUCUCCGGAUUCCAACGCUCCGAGCUCUACACCAGCUCCGGUAGAAAAAGCCGAGACGCCCGAGCCCUCGUCCACGGAGUCUUCCGACGAGCGCAACGUGGAGGCUGUCAUAGUUGAAACACCUUCAGGAUCCGAAAGGCCGAAGGCCGACGAUAUCCGUAAGCUCCUGGGUGUCUACAAUGCUGCACUUUCUGCGAAGCUCAAGCCCAUUCCUCCAGAGAAGCAGAAGCAGUUUCUUUUUCCUCCGCCGAGGAAGCAACAAAACUACGGCCCGUCUGGAGGCAUUGCCUUUGCAUCUGCUGUAGAAGAUGACGAUGUUCGCUACAUCGAAGUUCCAGGGCCAGAGUCCGCUUUUAUGCACAGAUCCUUGGUCGUGGAAGAUGACAACGACGUACAGGACAACAACGAAAAGAAGGACAAGGAUGAUGAGGAUUACGACAACGAACAAGUCAUUCUCGCUGUUCCAGCAAGAAACGAAGAACCAAAGUCAAGCGAGGCCCCUAUGCGGCCAAGGCCUCCCAUGGGCAUGCCUCUGUUCCGCCCACCUAUGCCAAAGAUGCCAUUCAGGCCACCAAUGUCACCCAUGGUGCUUAUGCUCGUUGCCAAGGUGCCAGUUCCAGUGCCAGUUCCAAGCAUGAGGAUUCCACAUCCAGGAAUGGUACCACAGUUCGGCAUGCUGCCGCCAUCCCCCUUCCCAGACAGGCGCAUGGCAAUGCCACACCCAAUGAUGUCCGCCGCACAACCAGUGUUGGUGCUGAGGCCCCUUCCACCUCCAAUGCCCAAUUUCUUCCCCCCACAUUUCCCACACCCUCCCAUGUACGGUCCAGCCCCAGUUCCGGAGAUGAUGCCAUACCCGGCCGCAGGUAUGCUCCCACCCCCUGCCUACAUGAUGCCCCCACCACCAAUGCACCCAAUGAUGCGCCACCCAGCAAUGUUCCCACCACCAAUGCACCCAAUGAUGCGCCACCCAGCAAUGUUCCCUCCUCCAAUGCACCCAAUGAUGCGUCACCCUGCUAUGUUUCCCCCACCCCCACCAAUGCACCCAAUGAUGCACCCUCAUCCGUUCGCUCCAUACCCCAUGCCCAGCAUGGUACCACCUCAGGCACUUCUGCCACCACCCAUGCCUCGUGGUCCCAUUGGUGUAAUCAUCCCAGUGCCAAUGGGUGUGGUACUGCCGCAUCCCGGAAUGAUGCCACCACCGAGGGCUGAUGCACCCGUACAGUCGUACAGGUCUCGUGGUCCACCUCCCCCACCAUCGCCAUUUUUGUUUAACGGACCACCGGGUCCAAGGCCGUUCCCUGUGCAGAGGCCCGCCGAGCCUAGGAUGAUGCCUAUGAGGAGGCCAUUCAUGUUCCCCAUGGGCCCUGAGGACAGGUCUCCAGUGGAGCGAUUCCCACCACCUCCACCACCACCUCCACCUUUCAUGCCACAGCGUGGUCCCGGUAUGGUGCCAGUGCUGAUGCGGUCAUCCGAUGCUCCAGGUCGUGCUCCAAUGCCAAUAAGAAUGCCUGUGCCAAUUGAGUCACAAAACCAGCAAGAACCAGUGCUGCUGAAGAGGCCACCACCCCCUCAGGCCAGAGCCGUUGAAGCUAUCAUGGGUCCUGUACAUAACCCUGUUCCUAUGGCUGAAGUCAUCCGACGCCAAGCAAGGCUUGUUCUCAACGCCCCACCACAAGAACGUUUGGGCGUGAGCUACAUGGGACCCAAGGCAACACCACGUGUAGGAGGCAGCGAUGUGAACCCUGCUAGUACUCUGGAGACCGCCAGUACCAUCCUGCGGUUCUUGCUCCGUGCGCAGGGAGCCUAAACCCGAGGCACACUACCACCCUGUGUAUUGUGAUCUCUUCCAUCCGGCGGCGGCUUCGUUUCCCCAAUCGACAGAGAUUUUGAGCGCUCCCGAAGUUGACAUUUAGAGGCAUUCCAAGUGUCCCGGUGGACACCUAAGUUUUCCGUCCUUCUCUUGGACAGUUCCUUCUUCGGAUGACGUCAUAGUUUCGAACCCAAAGUACAAGAACGACUCGAAUGACCGUUUUUGUGAAUCGUCCAUGAGAUCAAAACUGGAGCUCCAUUAUUCGGCCAUUUGUACGCAUACACGAAAGCCUGUGAUACCUUUGGAGGAAAUUUUUCAUUUUUACACUGUACUUGAUGGCCACUCCUGUGAAGACUCCACCUCUUUUGUAAUAAAGCGUUAUUUUUUUUA